AUGAUAUACAAAGCCGUCAUUCUCGUAGGCGGACCUUCUCGUGGUACGCGUUUUCGACCGCUUUCUUUGAAUGUACCGAAGCCUUUAUUUCCAAUCGCCGGUCAUCCAGUUAUUUGGCACCAUUUGGAUGCCUUAUCUAAGGUUGAAGGGUUGAAAGAAGUCCUAUUGAUUGGAUUUUAUGAGGAUUCGGUUUUUCAAAGGUUUAUAGACGAUGCAGCUAGAGAUUUCCCACAGAUUUAUGUUCGGUAUGAUACUAUUGGAUUGCGGUUCUUAUGUUAUCAAAUACCUACUUGCAAACUUUUUUUUUCCCUCUUAUAUAGUUAUUUACGCGAAUACCAGACUUUGGGGACAGCUGGAGGUCUAUAUCAUUUUCGGGAUGAAAUUCAAAGAAACGACCCGCGCCAAAUAUUCGUUCUUAAUGCUGAUGUAGCGUGCAACUUCCCCCUAAACGAAAUGAUUAAAUUUCAUAAUACGCAUAGAGGAUUAUGUACGAUAUUAGGAACUAAGGUUGCUCGUGAAGUUGCUAAUAGAUUUGGAUGUCUAGUUGAGAAACCAGAAAAUCACGAAGUUUUGCAUUAUGUAGAAAAACCUGAAAGUUUUAUAUCUAAUUUAAUUAAUCAAUUUCAGAUGCAAGAUGAUAAACUUCGCUUAGAACAGGAUAUACUCCGACCUUUAGCAGAAUCAAGUAAAUUAUUUGUAUAUGAAACAACUGAUACUUGGAUUCAAAUUAAAACUCCCAGUUCAGCUGUUCCUGCAAAUGCGUUAUAUCUUGAACAAUAUCAAAAAACAGAUCCUGAUCGAUUAUUAAAAAAUGUGCCGGAUGGUCCUACUGUAGUCGGGCUUGUCUAUAAACAUCCCACCGCCACUAUCGAUCCCACUGCUAAGGUUUGUGAAUUGAUUUAUGACCAUAAUUUAAUCAUUGGAAAGGGUGUUCGCAUCAAGGAUUCAAUUAUCUUGGAUAAUGCAGAUAUUAAAAACAAUGAACUGAUAACUAAUGGUUUCUAG